CGCACGUCUCCAGUGAGCUGUAUCCGGAAGUGUCCUGCAGCGCCUCCAGUGGCGGGAGUGUAGCAUCACAUGCAGACCUAGGGGCGCAAAAGCUGCAGCAUGGAGGGCGGUGAGCGUAAGGAGCCGGAGCAGCUCAGGAAGCUGUUCAUCGGGGGACUCAGCUUUGAGACAACAGAGAACAGUCUUCGAGCUCACUUUGAGCAAUGGGGCAAACUCACUGACUGUGUGGUGAUGAGAGAUCCAGCUAACAAGCGCUCACGAGGUUUCGGCUUUGUGACGUAUUCCUGUGUAGCGGAGGUUGAUGCUGCGAUGGCAGCGAGGCCACACAAAGUGGACGGUCGAGUCGUUGAGCCCAAACGGGCCGUUUCCCGAGAGGACUCCAAUAAGCCUGGAGCCCAUCUGACGGUGAAAAAGAUCUUUGUGGGUGGAAUCAAGGAGGACACCGAAGAGUAUCAUAUCAGAGAGUACUUUGAGCGCUACGGGAAGAUUGAGACCAUCGAUAUAAUGGAGGAGCGUUCAACCGGGAAAAAGAGAGGAUUCUGCUUCGUCACCUUUGAUGAUCACGAUACUGUGGAUAAAAUUGUUGCACAAAAAUAUCACACGUUCAACUCCCAUAACUGUGAAGUGAGAAAAGCACUACCGAAGCAGGAGAUGCAAGCCGUUUCUAAUCAGAGGUAUCGCGGUGGAGGUGGAGGCAAUCUCAUGGGCAGAGGAGGAGGAGGAGGAGGAGGAAACUUUGGAGGGGGUGACUUUGGCCGAGGAGGGUAUGGAGGAGGUCGGGGUGGCUGUGGCGGAGGAGACGGAUACAAUGGAUUUGGUGGUAAUUAUGGGAGGGGUUCUGGCUAUGGAGAUGGUCGUGGAGGUCCUGGAUACGGUAACCAAGGCGGAGGAGGCUUUGGAGGAUAUGACAACUACAAUGAUGGAGGGAAUUUUGGAGGUAACUUUGGUGGUGGUGGUGGAGGAGGAAGAGGAGGAGGAAAUUACAACGAUUUUGGGAAUUACGCAGGACAACAGUCCAACUACGGCCCCAUGAAGGGAAAUAACUUUGGAGGAAGAAACUCAGGACCUUAUGGAGGUGGGUAUGACUCUGGGGGCGGCGGCGGCGGGGGCUACGGGUCCAGGAGGUAUUAACAGAUGGGUCCGUCUGUGGUAAGUUCAGCGCCGCCUCAAGAGACUCCACAGACGUCUAACACAGGAUGACUUGUGAUGCUUUACCCUGUGUCUGUUCAACAGGCCUCAGAUCCAGAGUUAGAUGAGAGGAGUGGGAAGGGAAGGAAAGAUUACUGAGAAAGAGUGCGAGGGGCCAAGAUCUGCCAGUUAUAGGUCUUACUAACGUUAGUGUAGUGUACUGCACAGUCCUUCACCCGUUUGACGUUUCUGUGCUCUCCAACUAUCCUCAACCCCCAUUUUUGGAGAGUGCUACCAAACACUGUAGUCAGAAUAGUCCCAAAUAUAUUAUUUGAUGUGAGUGUACAAUAUGUUGUGGCCUUACGUAUAUUAUUUGGAGAAAUCGGGACUUGUGUUUGUUUUCUUGAUUUGAAGACCGUGAUGUCAUGUGUAUUUUUAUAUAUUGUGAGUAUGCAGUACAUGUGUUGUUCAUGAAGCUCUGAAUGGUAAACAGAGUAGAUUUUGUCCGAUCUGAGGGCAUGUUAAACCUAAGUCUAGAUUGUUGAACUAUUUUUGACACAUGAAAAAAAGAAACCAGCUGAAAUAAAGUUGUGUAGUAACUUG